CAGCCCACUGCCUGGAUGCCUGCUGCCCCCAGCCCACCGAAGCUGGUUGGGCACCCCGCUGCCCUCGCUGCUGCCCAUUGUGCGACUGUGCCUGUGCAUGCCAACUUCCUGACUGUCAGAGCCUCAACUGUCUGUGCUUUGAGAUCAAGCUCCGAUGAAGACCCAGGGCCCCUGCCCUUUAGGGAGUGGACAGCCCCCAGGGCUCAUGCACCCUCCUCCCUAAAGGGCCUCAGGAUACUUGCUCCAGGCCAUUGGAACCACAAAUGGCCUGCCCAGCUCACAGGCCUGGAAACUGGAACUGGCAGUGGAGAGCCUGGCUCCUUGCUAGGCUGGACUCUUGGCCAGCUGGGCCUCAGCUCCUUGGUGAGAGCUGGUGUUCCAGCAGGUAUCCCUGGCCUAAGAUUUAUUUCUCUUGACAACCAAAGGCCUCGGUCUGGAUUUCCAAAGAAGAAAUUUCCUCUGAAGUGCCGGCAAGGUGACCCCAUGGCAAGCCGCAAGCCAGACAGGUCCAGCUUCACGAUGACCUGCUUGUCCAUGGCUGUGGCCUUUUCCUAUCCCCCAGUUGCCAAUGGGCAACUCCACCCUGAGCUGGGCAACACCCAGCAACAAACAGAGUUAGGAAAGGAACCCACUACCACUACCACCAGCACCAUGCCCUACCCAUAUCCAGCGCUGACCCCGGAGCAGAAGAAGGAGCUGUCUGACAUCGCUCACCGAAUCGUAGCUCCGGGCAAGGGCAUCCUGGCUGCAGAUGAGUCUACUGGGAGCAUAGCCAAAAGGCUGCAGUCCAUCGGCACUGAGAACACAGAGGAGAAUCGGCGUUUCUACCGCCAGCUGCUUCUGACUGCCGAUGACCGCGUGAAUCCCUGCAUCGGGGGUGUCAUCCUCUUCCAUGAGACACUCUACCAGAAGGCGGAUGAUGGGCGUCCCUUCCCUCAAGUUAUCAAAUCCAAGGGUGGGGUUGUGGGCAUCAAGGUAGACAAGGGUGUGGUACCCCUGGCAGGAACAAAUGGCGAGACUACUACCCAGGGGCUGGAUGGGCUGUCUGAGCGCUGUGCCCAAUAUAAGAAGGACGGAGCUGACUUUGCCAAGUGGCGUUGUGUGCUAAAGAUUGGGGAACACACCCCCACAGCCCUUGCCAUCAUGGAAAAUGCCAAUGUUCUGGCCCGUUAUGCCAGCAUCUGCCAGCAGGUGCUGGCUGCUGUCUACAAGGCUCUGAGUGACCACCACAUCUACCUGGAAGGCACCUUGCUGAAGCCCAACAUGGUAACCCCAGGCCAUGCCUGCACCCAGAAGUAUUCUCAUGAGGAGAUUGCCAUGGCAACUGUCACAGCACUGCGCCGCACAGUGCCCCCUGCUGUCCCUGGGGUCACUUUUCUGUCUGGAGGCCAGAGUGAGGAGGAGGCAUCCAUCAAUCUCAAUGCCAUCAACAAGUGCCCCCUGCUGAAGCCAUGGGCCCUGACCUUCUCCUAUGGUCGUGCCCUCCAGGCCUCUGCCCUGAAGGCCUGGGGUGGGAAGAAGGAGAAUCUAAAGGCUGCUCAGGAGGAAUAUGUGAAGCGAGCCCUGGCUAACAGCCUCGCCUGUCAAGGAAAGUACACCCCAAGUGGUCAGGCUGGGGCCGCAGCCAGCGAGUCUCUCUUCGUCUCUAACCAUGCCUACUAAGCAGAGGUGUUCUAAAGCUCCCCCCUCAACACUCCAGGCUCUUCCCCCUCCCACACUUGAAGAGGGGGCUUAUCCAGAACCCCAGGCAGUCUUGCCCAUUGCUCUUGCCUCCCAUGUGACAGUGGUGUGUGGUGUUGUCUGUGUAUGCUAAUGCCAUCACUCUUUCCAGCCCACUGCCAAUAAACAACUAAGGGGGAGUC